GCCGCUGUUUCACCGCGCUCCACGGCGGCGGCUCCUCUAUAACUUUUCUGCCCCGGUUAGAGCGCCUGUCACUCCGCUAGCGAGCGUCGGUGCGAAGCGGUGUCCUGGAGCUUAAGAAAACGAACCCUGUUUUUUUUUUGUUUAAAAUAAAUUACCUGUAAAUAAAACUUAUUGACACAAUCCGCUCCUUCUCUGAAUAUUUAGCUGCGUAAAAUACUUUUUUUUUUAUAGAGUCCGAAUCCCCUCCCCGUUCACUCCCCCGCUGGUGCGAUUGUUUCGUCAGUGGGCACCGAGCCGCGUUUUCCCCCGCCUCUGGCGCACCCUGCCCCGGAUUGGUCCUUGUGGGAUUCCCUUCGCAGCCCCCGAGUCGUUCGUAGGCAGCUGCCGGCUAUAUCAGGAGCAGCCCCGGCCGGGAGAGCAGCUCACCGGACCCGGGCGGAGAUACCAGCGGCGCACCCCGACUCAAGCUUGCUCUAACUCGGCUAAGGUAGAGAUGGACUCUCGAUCGAUGUUCCGGAGCGGCUCCAGUGCUCAGACUUUCAGAGGCUCUCUCUGGCUCCUCCUCUGGGUCUCCUCUCUCAGUCCAGUCUCCUCCUGCCCUCGCCUGUGUAUGUGCUACCCCUCUCCCAUGACGGUCAGCUGCCAAUCUCAGAACUUCUCCGCGGUCCCGGCGGGAAUUCCCUUUCACAGCCAGAGGAUUUUCCUCCAGAACAACCGGAUCACGGAGGUCCGGGCUGAGUCGUUCGGGUUCGGCACGCAGGUCCUGUGGCUCCACUCCAACAACAUCAGCUCCAUCGAACCCGGGGCCUUCAGCGACCUGCACGACCUGGAGGAGCUGGACCUGGGGGACAACCCAUCCCUUCGGACCCUGGACCAGGACACGUUCCGCGGGCUGGACAAGCAGGACAACCCGACGCGGCGUGGACAAGCUGCAGACUGUCUGCACAUGGAUCGGUGCUUCCAGCUGGGGACUCCUAGGAGAGACACUCACAGAGGACUCAAUGCUCCCUUCCCUCUCCCUCUCUCUCAGGACGAUCUCUUCGCUGACCUGGUCAACCUCACUCACCUCUUUCUCCACGGCAACCUGAUCCGGGUCCUGUCGGAGAACGUGUUCCGCGGGCUGGUCAACCUGGACCGCCUGCUGCUCCACCAGAACCGGAUCAGGCAGGUUCACCGACGCGCCUUCCGAGAUCUGGGCCGGCUCACCAUCCUCUUCCUCUUCAACAACUCGCUCUCCGAGCUGCCCGGCCCGCCCCUCUCCAGCCUCCGAUCCCUGGAGUUCCUGCGCCUCAACGGGAACCCCUGGUCCUGCUCCUGCCAGGCCCGCCCGCUCUGGGAAUGGUUCCGCAAGGUCCGAGUCUCCAGCUCCGAGCUGCUGUGCGCCGGACCCCAGGAGAGGAAGGGCCUGGACCUGCGCUUCCUGAGGGAGAUAGACUUCGCGCGCUGCCCCCUGCAGGAUGCCCCGAGCAAGACGGGCGCCUUCAGCUCAAAGUGGUGGUUCCCUAAGUCUGGCAAGAGCGGCCAGGCAGAAAAAUUCAAAGGGCUGUUCGGGAGGAAAGGCCAGCAGACCAGCAGUCUGGAUAACACAGCGGCCGGAGGAAAGGCCAAGAGUUACGGACCGGAACCCGAGUCCGCCCUCCCCAAACCAGGCCCCCAGGAUUACUGGGAGAACUACGAGAACGAGGAUUCGAGCUGGCGCUGCUCUGAUUCGGACUGCCCGGGCGAGAAGGUGGAGGAGGAGGAGCGAUCGAGAGGGGAGAGGAAUCGUCCCAGAUUCACCCUCCUCUCCUUCUCCCUCUCCCUCUCCCUCAUGCUAGCCUUGCUCUCCGCAAGAAGCAUCUAGAGACCCUCCCUCCUGUGUUUUUAAAAAAAAAAAAACGUUUAUUUUGUUUUAAAAAUCUUACCCUCUCCGCCUCGUCCCUUUUAGCUGUCUAAAAGCUCUUUUCUGUAGAUCUCUAAACAGCUCUGAGGUGUUGAGAUCUCUUUCCUAUAGAUCUCUAUACAGCUCUGCAGUAUUGAGAGGGGAUAUCUCUUUCCUAUAGACCUCUAUACAGCUCUGCAGUGUGGAGAGGGGAGAUCUCUUUCCCAUAUACCUCUAUACAGCUCUGCAGUGUUGAGAGUGGAGAUCUCUUUCCUAUAGACCUCUAUACAGCUCUGCAGUGUUGA